UGAGGGACCAGACUAGUGUAGGGUCCCAGCUUAGUAAUUCCCUUCAACAUAUAAAUAGAAACCAGAUGGAGCAAAAACGGAAGCUUACAGGUUUACAGCUCUUGCUCACUCAGGUACUGAGCAAAGUGAUCGAUAGCCGUGGAUCACCCAAUUUUGUUGAAAGUAGGCGAGGAUCUGGGACAGAAGUGGAAUUGAUUUCACGCCUUCAGCAUCGGCUGAAUAAGCUGGAGAUCAAGGAACGUAACAGCCACGAAUUAUAUACUAAAAUAGUAAAGAUAGAACAACUGUUCAGAGCUUUACCGAUGAGCCAGCAGUCCAAAGAUUUGCAGAAUAUGCUACGCAACCAGGACAGCCUGAUGGCACAGAUGCAUGCGCUUCUUAAGCAAGCAACAGAGGGGAGAACAAUUUUUCAUAAGAUUUCUGUGUGUUAUCAAUCGUUAUCCAACGAACUGAGCACAUUUACAAAGAGCUCCAGCAUGCUUUUCAAACACGAUGGACCGCCAAUCAAUAUUAGUCUAAAUACUAAUAAGCCAGAGAAUGUGAACGACACUUGUGUACUGCAUAUUUUAGAGGAAGAAGGUAACAAAUCAUUUUUGGAGAAUGAAGAAGAGAAAGUGGACUACGUUUUACCAGCCAAAGCAGAUUGCUCUGAACUGACGGAGCCACGCAUUGAUGGUAUUUACCAAUUUAUAGUGCCAGAAUUGAAUGAAGUUGAACGUAAUUUUAAUGAGCGCUAUUGUGCUUUUGCCACUCGCGGUCCGGCUUGGACAGUAAUACAAAGACGCGGUCCCUACGAGCCGCAGGAGAAUUUUAAUCGCAGUUGGGAUGAGUAUCGCGCUGGUUUUGGCGAUUUGUCGAGGGACUUUUGGUUUGGCAACGAGUUCAUACACAAAAUUUCCUAUCGUGAUGACCAUGUGCUGCGCAUCGAGCUCGAAGAUUUCGAUGGUAGACAGGUGUGGGCUGAGUAUGGAUUGUUCCGUUUAGACAGUGAAAGUUACAAUUAUCAAUUAUUGAUUGGUCGCUUUAAUGGUACUAUGCCAGACGCUCUGGAGAAUCAUAAUCAAAUGGAUUUCAGUACCUAUGAUCAGCGGAAUGAUCAUAGUAUUGAUGAGCCCUGCGCCGUGCGAACGGGCAGUGGUUGGUGGUUUGAUAGUUGUAUGGAGGCAAAUCUGAACGGGAUUUAUCGCCACAAGCCACAAGGACACAAUUUUAAUGGAUUUAUCUGGAGCAACGACUACUCCAUGAAAGCUGGCCGUAUGAUGCUGAGACCGCGAAAGCUACAGCUUGCAGCUACCGAAUAUAGUUAUGAUGACUAUGAUACGGAUAGUUUUUGAGCGCACAAGUUCAACAAUAUCACAUACCCUAUAAAGAG